AUGAGCUCAAAUGACUGUUCUUCAAUCGACUCCGACACUUCAGAGAAUUCGGGAAACAACUUUUAUGACUACAACCUGAAGACUGAAUACACUCCGUUAGAACAAUAUGUCAUGAAAUUUUCACUUCAAGACACAUUAUCAGGUAAAGUAGAUGAAAGAGACAUUAUCUACUCGAAGAGAGAGAUGGACGUGAUGAUCAAUUUCAUUGACUUUGUUGUUACAGAAGCACACGACAUCUUACCUCUCCUUUUUGAAGAAGACAAACAAGAGACUAUCGCGAUAGCGACGUUCGAUCUUCAGUAUUACAUCCACAAAGGAGUCUGGUUCUUGAUGGAUUUCCUUCGUGAUGAAUUCAAGGCUGCUCAAAGUGAAUUAGAACUCUUCCAAGAAAGUGCAACAGCCUCUUAUGUAGCGCGAUGCUUCUUCCUUAAAGUGGGCAAGACGUUCAUUAAGAGAUACUUCACCAAAUUCUUCACAAAUUUCUUUAAUGAAAAAUUGGACUUAGAAAUUGAUGACUACAAAAUCACUGACGAGAAGGUCAUUGAGAAAAACUUACAAAACUUGACCAAGAAAACUAAUGAGUUGUUGCAAGUGAUAUAUUCCACGAUGGACCAACUCCCCAAUGGUGUUAAAUUAGUCGCCAAAAUGCACUCUGAGUUGAUCAAAGAGUACUUCCCACAACUCAGUCAAUACUCUCGAUUUGUGUCUACUGGUCUUUUCAUCAUGAAUCAGUUCUAUAUCCAAGCAUUUAUGUACCCAGAGAAGUAUGGGAUUUGCACUGCAGAGACCCUCACUUUGAAGAACAAACGAAAUUUGGCACUCAUUGCUAAGAUCUUACAAACCCUUGCGUCUGGUAAUGGGUUCAAAGGGAAGGGAUCUGAGUAUAUGAAAAGAGUCGAUGCGUUACUCAAAAGUAAUACAAGACCCCUUCAUGACAAAUUUGUAUCGCUCAUUAUUAACUCGUCAAGUCUGCCUUAUACCUUUUUGCUCGACGAUAGUUUGACUAUUUCGAAUGAAGCCGUCUCGGUGCUGCACAUGGAACUUUGCCAUAAAAGUGCUGAAAUCAUCCGUAUGUUCCCGACUGAUAUAUCAGAGAAGUUUUGUCGCUUUAUGGUGGCCAUUGGGGAACACAAAGACAAGCUUGAUUUCUUGUUUGAUUUUACAUCGGACCAACAGAAGAUGAUCAAGACCUUCUUGGAAGAGAGAAAUUUGGAAGGAGUCUAUAUCGCCAAAAUUGAUGUUUCCGAACACGAAGGCGUCGACAAGAAAAAGAAGAAGAAGGAACAAACGAUCAAUGGGUUUGUCAUUGUGUCACUGCACAAUGUCUGGAUAUUAACAGGGACUGGGGAAGUUGAAGCAACCUUCCAUUGUUUGGCGUUGACGAAAGUGCAAAUGAAUGAGGACAACAUCACAUUUGAAUGUGCGAGAGGGGACAAGACGGAGAAAUUAACUGGUUCGACUGCACGAUGCCACGAGAUCAUAACGUCGAUGAUCAGAGCCUUCAAGUCGAGCUUCCCAGAUGAGAAGAUCAUGUUUGAAAUCGAAGCACCCCAAAGCCAUAUGAAUAUCUUUACUAAUGUGUACUCCCUCAGAACAUUCACGAAGUGUGGCGGAUUCACUGGAGUUUAUGAAGCACAAUGUUCCUUCAGAGAAUACCCGUACAACCAAUCUGUGCGAUGGGCUAUUGAAAAUGCUAAGGAAGAAGACAAAGAGAGUAAGCAUAUGAAAGUGUCUCGAUUCUAUAAUGGCGACUUGACUGCUAAGGAAGACAACUUGACUGCAAUUGACUUGAUCCCAAUCUUCUUUGCUUUGAAGUCUAACAUGUGGUUUACCGAUGUUUCAGUGGAAGAUAUGUCGCUCUUAAAAUGCUUUGAUGGUCUAGUUGAAUACGUCAAAGUGAAUAAAGUACUUAAGAGUCUCCGAUUGCGGAAUGUAGACGUCGGUAAAGGGUGGGAUGUACUAUUUGAAGCUUAUAAUGAGAAUCCAAAGCAUCCACUGAGGAAAUUGGAUGUUUCUGAUAACAUUAUUGAUGAGAAAGCUAUAGUGUUGAUCAGUACUUUAGUCUCUAAGUAUCACUUACAGUCACUCUUCCUUUCAAAUGUCUUGACGAACGAAAAGUUGUCGGGCGCUUUGAUAGGGAAGUUGAAGUUACUUGAAGACAAGAAAAACUUGAAGACGAUCGACUUGUCUGGCGCGAAGUUGCCAGCAGCUGGCAUUGAGUUUAUUGCUUCACAGUUUCCGUUGAACUUUCCCGACUUGGAAAAGAUCUAUUUGAGAGACAUUACUGUACCAAAGACUUCCUCAAUGCUCAGGUUUUUGCAAAACAUGCCACUUCUCAAAGUCCUUGAUUUGUCUGGGAUGAAGAUGUCAUUGAAAGUGAUCGACAAGACGUCACAAGAUCUUCAAGAGUAUAUCCACUGCUGCAAGAAACUCGAGAUCUUAGAGUUCAACCGAGUUGUUAUGCCUGGUGAUGUCUUAAAGAAUAUCAUUAAAGACAUCGACUGUUCUCAAGUCAGCAUCAACUUGAGACAAGCCGAUUUCCAAGUUGAAAGCGUCAAAGUGUUUUCAACGGUAUUCAUUGGGCUGGAGUCUGUCAAACUUUUGGACAUUUCAGACAGUGGCAUUGGGGAAGAAGGGUUGGUCUACUUACUCGAGUCUUUGUGCCAAAACACUAUCCUUGAAUCCAUCAAUCUCUCAAAGAACUUGUUCUCUGUUGGUAACAAAGAACGUGUUGUGAAGGCCUUAGUCAAGUUGAUAUCCGGCGGGACUGGGUUGAAGACAUUAAAAAUUGCUGGUG